CCGGCUCUCCGCAGCAUAGCCAUCUCGCUCCCACGCGACAAGUGGAGUGAAGUGAGAAAAAAGCGACAAUAAAUUGGGCUAUUGCACGCUGUCUGCUCAUUAUUUCGCGUUCUCCGCUCCAAGCAAAUACACACACACACAACAACCAUGUCUCUGCAGUCGGACGCCGUUUUCCAGAAGAUCAUCGAUGGAUUGAAGGAGAACGAGGCCAAGGCCAAGGCGGUCAACGGAGUGUUCCUGUACAAAAUCACCAAGGACGGCAAGGUGGCCAAGGAGUGGACUCUGGACUGCAAGAACGCCAAGGCCUACGAAGGUCCCGCCCAGGGCAUCAAGGUGGACACCACCCUGACGGUCGCCGACGAGGACAUGGUUGACAUCGCCCUGGGCAAGCUGAACCCCCAGGCUGCCUUCAUGAAGGGCAAGCUGAAGAUCGCCGGCAAUAUCAUGCUCACCCAGAAGCUGGCGCCGCUCCUGAAGACCGACGCCAAGUUGUAAAGGGAUCAACGGACCAGCCUGCACAUUCCUCACCAACUUCUGUGUGUGUUCUUUAUUACUCUUUUUUUUGUGUGUAAUUUGUAAUCUGUAUUCGUGUUUUUGUUUCACCACAUAAUUAAUGUUAUUUUUGUACGGGAAAUCGUCUACAAAAAACUAGAAAAUAAUACAUAAGGCGAAAACGAA